UUAUAUACUUGUGUGUUUUAUGUUCAAAGCCGCUCAAAAACUAAAGAAUUUUUUUGAUUAAAGCAAGUAAAUUCUUCAAUUUGAUUAUCAAAAGUAUCACAGCUUUGAUCAUAAGCACCGACAUCAUCGAAAUUAGUUGAAAUAAGACAGUUUAAAUGUCAAAUAGUGACGAAAAUGAGGAAAAGUUUGGAGCUGAGGACGAUAGCGGUAAUAUUGAUGAAACAGUAGACGGAUCUGGAGAUGAAGAAGAUGCAACGAAAAAUGUCAAUAAUGAGGAAGACGACGACUAUGAACCUGAAGACCGUAAAAGAAAGAAAGGAAAGAAACGAAAGGUUCGCAGCGAAGAAAAAUCAAAAGGUCGCAAAAAGAAAAAGCGUAAGAAGAAUGAGUCUGAAGAGGAACCAGAGGAACAACCUGGUGAUUCCGAUGAAUAUUCAUCCAGCAAACGUGGUCGUAAAAAGAGAGAAAAAGAAGAGAAGAAGCCUGCACAAGUUCCCACACCAGCUGCAUCGGCAGAAUCAAAUAUGCCGACAAUUGAGGAAGUUUGCAGCACUUUCGAUUUAACUGAUGUGCCAAUUGAAUAUUCUGAUGCUGACUACCAGAAUCUUGUCACUUAUAAAAUGUUCCAGCAACAUGUAAGACCAAUUUUACAGAAAGAAAAUCCUCGUGUACCAAUGUCUAAGUUAAUGAUGCUUGUUGCUGCAAAAUGGCGCGAAUUCUCUGAAAUCAAUCCUCACAUGCAACAGCAAGAAGAUGAAGAAGCUGAAAAGGAAGACAUUUCAGAGCAACCAUCACCAAAGUCGCCUGAAUUUACACCAAAAGAAACAAAAUCUCGUUCCAGUAAGAAAGCUGCAAAGCAAGUAGUUGAAGAAACAUUCGAGGAAGAAUAUGACGAUGAGGAAGCCUCAAAAUCAUCAAAAACCAAAUCUAAAAGAGGUCGAAGUGGAAAUAACGGUGGAGGAAACAAGAAAGGUGGACGAAAGCCAAAAGUUCCAACAUUAAAGAUUAAGUUUGGCAAGCGAAAAAAUGCAAGCUCUGAAGAUGAUCAAGAGGAAUCAAUUGAAGGUUCUGAACGUGAAUCUGACAUAGAAUUUGAAAAGAUGCUACAGCAAACUGAUGAUAAAGAAGACGAGGAAGAAACAAGACAGACAACAAUUACAAAUGAAGAAGCUUCGUCUGAGCCAGUCGUUCGUAAAAAAGCCAAGACUAAAAUUGGAAAUAAAUCAAAAAAAAAGAAGUCAAAGAAAGCAAAUUUCCAGGAUGAUGACAUAGAGCAUCAAGACUAUUGUGAGGCAUGUCAACAAGGUGGUGAAAUUAUUUUGUGCGACACUUGCCCUAAAGCAUAUCAUUUGGUAUGUUUGGAUCCAGAAUUGGAAGAAGCACCCGAAGGAAAAUGGAGUUGUCCAACUUGUGAGGCAGAAGGUCCAGUUGAACAAGAUGAUGAUGAACAUCAAGAAUUUUGUCGUUUAUGUAAAGAUGGAGGCGAAUUGCUUUGCUGUGAUUCCUGUCCAUCAGCUUAUCAUACAUUCUGUUUGGAUCCACCAUUAAGUGAAAUUCCUGAUGGUGAUUGGAGAUGUCCACGUUGUAGCUGUCCGAAAUUGCCAGGAAAAGUCGCUAAAAUCCUAACUUGGAGAUGGGCUGAACCAGUUCCUGAAGAUCCAAAGAAUCCACAAGCAUCAACAUCAAAAGGACCACCACCACAAGCUAGAUGUCGCGAAUAUUUCAUCAAAUGGAAGGAUCUCAGUUAUUGGAAUUGUAGUUGGAUAACAGAACUCCAAUUGGAUGUCUUCCAUCCACUCAUGUUCCGUUAUUAUACACGUAAAUAUGAUAUGGAGGAACCACCAAGAUUUGAAGAACAACUUGAUGAGCGAGACAGUCGAUUCAAACGAUUGAAACGUCAUCGACAUCAUCAUGGUCAUCAAGAAGACGAUUCAAAGGAUUUAGAAGUAAGAUUCUAUCGUUAUGGUAUCAAGCCAGAAUGGUUGGUUGUUCAUCGUGUCAUCAAUCAUCGUCAAAUGCGUGAUGGAAGGACACUUUAUUUGGUAAAAUGGCGUGAAUUGCCUUAUGACCAGUCAACCUGGGAAGAAGAAGUUGAUGAUGUUCCUGGAUUGAAAGGAGCUAUCGAAUUUUAUCUAGACUUGAGAUCUAAUACAAUGGAACCGGGUGCAUCGAAAAAGAAUAACAAAAAGACGAAAGGACGUCGCCGUACAAAAGAGACAGAUGAUGAAGAGAGUCAACAAAUAAUGACUAAACGCUAUGUACCACCUCCAGAUCGUCCAAUUACUGAUUUACGUAAAAAGUAUGAAGCUCAACCAGAAUAUUUCAAUGAGACUGGCAUGCAAUUGCAUAAUUAUCAAUUAGAGGGAAUCAACUGGUUGCGUUAUUCAUGGUCUAAUGGUACUGAUACAAUUUUGGCUGAUGAGAUGGGUCUGGGUAAAACAAUUCAGACUGCGACUUUCCUUUAUUCACUAUAUAAAGAAGGACAUUGCAACGGACCAUUCCUAAUCGCUGUUCCUCUAUCAACAAUUGUAAAUUGGGAGAGAGAAUUCGAGUUGUGGGCACCUGACUUCUACUGCGUGACAUAUGUUGGUGAUAAAGAAGCUCGUGCUGUUAUUCGUGAAAAUGAAUUAAGUUUUGAAGAAGGUGCUGGUGGCAAAAGAACGACUAAAAUUAAGAGUAAUACAAUUAAGUUCAAUGUCCUAUUGACAAGUUAUGAAUUAGUAUCCAUCGAUUCUGCCUGCUUGGCAUCAAUUGACUGGAAAGUUUUGGUUGUUGACGAAGCUCAUCGUUUGAAAUCAAAUCAAUCAAAAUUCUUCAAGUUUCUUGCAAGUUACAGUAUCGAUUAUAAACUGCUGCUGACUGGAACACCAUUACAGAAUAAUCUUGAAGAGUUGUUCCACUUGCUGAACUUUUUAUGUAAGGAAAAUUUCAAUGAUCUUACAGUUUUUCAAAGUGAAUUUGCUGACAUUUCUAAAGAAGAGCAAGUUCAGAAGUUGCAUGACAUGUUGGGUCCUCACAUGUUGCGUCGUUUAAAGGCUGAUGUAUUGAGAAAUAUGCCUUCAAAGAGUGAGUUUAUUGUUCGUGUCGAAUUGUCACCGCUUCAAAAGAAGUACUACAAGUUCAUCUUGACUAGAAAUUAUGAAGCUUUGAAUCCAAGAUCUGGCGGUGGUGCUUGCUCACUUUUGAACAUUAUGAUGGAUUUAAAAAAGUGCUGUAAUCAUCCAUAUUUAUUCCCUGCUGCAUCUGAAGAAGCUCCACUUGGUGCUGGUGGAAAUUAUGAAGUCACAGCUUUGGUUAAAGCUGCUGGAAAGUUAGUCUUGCUGUCUAAAAUGUUGAGGAUAUUAAAGGAACAAGGUCAUCGUGUCUUGAUUUUCUCUCAGAUGACAAGAAUGUUGGAUAUUUUGGAAGACUUUUUAGAAGGUGAAGGAUACAAGUAUGAACGUAUUGAUGGAGGAAUUACUGGAACUCUGAGACAAGAAGCAAUCGAUCGUUUCAAUGCUCCUGGUGCUCCUCAAUUUGCUUUUCUUUUGUCUACUCGUGCUGGUGGUCUUGGCAUCAAUUUAGCCACAGCUGAUACUGUAAUCAUUUACGACUCUGAUUGGAAUCCACAUAAUGAUAUCCAAGCAUUCUCUCGAGCACAUCGUAUCGGUCAAGCAAACAAAGUCAUGAUUUAUCGAUUUGUUACGAGAAAUUCUGUAGAAGAACGUGUGACACAAGUUGCAAAGAGAAAAAUGAUGUUGACACAUUUGGUUGUCAGACCUGGUUUGGGCGGGAAAGGAACAAACUUUACAAAACAAGAAUUAGAUGACAUUUUAAGAUUCGGUACGGAAGAAUUAUUUAAAGAGGAUGGAAAGGAAGAAGAAGCUAUUCAUUAUGAUGACAAAGCAGUAAAAGAAUUAUUGGAUCGAUCCAAAGGCGGAAUUGAAGAGAAGGAAAAUUGGGCAAACGAAUAUCUUUCAAGCUUUAAAGUAGCAAGUUACAGUACUAAGGAAGAGGAGGAAGAAGAAACAGAAAUUAUUAAGCAAGACUCGGAGAAUCAAGACCCAGCAUAUUGGAUUAAACUAUUAAGACAUCACUAUGAACAGCAUCAAGAAGAUGUUGGACGAUCUUUGGGUAAAGGAAAGCGUGUUCGCAAACAAGUUAAUUACACAGACGGCGGUGUUGUCACGAAUGAAUCUCGCGAAGAUCAGACAUGGCAAGAGAAUGUUUCGGAUUACAACAAUUCAGACUACAGCGGAUAUUCUGAUGAAGAGAAUCAAGAUGAAGAUGAAGAAAACAGCGAAAGUGGUAAGCGUAGUCGUCGACGAAUGGAUAGAAAGGAUGACAAGGAUCGUCCCUUACCACCACUUUUAGCUCGUGUUGGUGGUAACAUUGAAGUUCUUGGCUUCAAUCCUCGUCAACGUAAGAGCUUCUUGAAUCUUAUUAUGAGAUUUGGAAUGCCGCCAGAUACAAGUUCAGCAACCACAAAUGCAUGGCUCAUUAGAGAUUUACGUGGAAAGUCUGAGAGAAACUUCAGAGCCUACGUUAAUUUAUUCAUGAGACAUCUUUGUGAACCUGGCGCUGAUAGUGCUGAAACAUUUGCUGAUGGCGUACCAAGAGAAGGUCUAAGUCGUCAACAUAUAUUGACUAGAAUUGGUGUUAUGUCCUUGAUACGUAAAAAAGUUCUCGAAUUUGAACAUAUUAAUGGAUAUUAUUCCAUGCCUGAAUUGAUUAAGAAACCUUUCGAUCCAAAUAUUCGACCAUCAGAAGAUAUCAAGGAUGAAGACUUGUCAAAAUCAGCGACAUGCAGCACAGCACCUUCUCCAGCUCCAUCAACAAACGACAAACCUGAUGAAAAGGAUCGAGAUAGCGAGGAAAAGAAGCUUGAUGAUGAUUCUGAUAAGAAUGAGAACGAUACCAAGACAAAAGAGUCAAGUCCAAGUGGUUCCAUAAAGAGCGAAGUCAAAAAGGAAGAAUCAAAUGGAUCUGACGAUAAGAAAGGCGAUGAUGACGAUGACGAUGUGGUUUUAGUUAAGGACUUUAGUGAAGAUUCAAAAGACAAGACUAAAGAACAGUUGGAAGUCCAUAAGCGUCAAUUUAUGUUCAAUAUUGCCGAUGGAGGUUUCACAGAAUUGCAUACAUUGUGGAUCAAUGAAGAGAAAGCAGCAUCUCCGUCACGUGAAUAUGAAAUAUGGCAUAGACGUCAUGAUUACUGGCUUCUUGCUGGUAUUGUAACUCACGGCUAUGGUCGCUGGCAAGACAUUCAAAAUGACAUCAGAUUCGCAAUAAUCAAUGAGCCAUUCAAAAUGGACAUUAAUAAGGGAAACUUUUUGGAAAUUAAGAACAAGUUCUUGGCUAGAAGAUUCAAAUUAUUGGAACAAGCUCUUGUGAUUGAAGAGCAACUAAGACGUGCUGCAUACUUGAAUCUUACACAAGAUCCAACACAUCCAGCGAUGAGCUUAAAUGCUCGAUUCGCAGAAGUCGAAUGCUUAGCUGAAUCUCAUCAGCAUUUGAGUAAGGAGAGUCUUGCUGGAAAUAAACCAGCGAAUGCCGUGCUGCACAAAGUGUUGAAUCAACUCGAAGAACUUUUGUCUGACAUGAAGUCAGACGUUGCACGAUUACCCGCAACAUUGGCUAGAAUUCCACCUGUUGCUUCGCGUUUACAGCUUAGCGAAAGAUCAAUUCUAUCGAGAUUGGCUACAACUGGUAGUCCGGCUUCUACUACCGCAGCAACGAAUCUAAUGAAUUUCCCUGCUGGCUUUGCUAAUGUAGCAAAUGCAAAUAUGGCUGCAGCUGCAAAUGCAAAUUUACAGCAUUAUAGAUCUCAGUUUGGUCAAGGAUCGAGCCAAGGCAACGCUUAAGAUUCAUAGAUAAUUGCUUCCACAUUUUUAAAAAACCUUUUUAAUAUGUUCCAUAUUUCUACUGUGCAUUACUGUCAGUGCUAUUAAAUCACUAUUGUGGUUUUUUGUCGAAUGGACUUGCGGCAAAGUCAUAAACUUUUUGAGAUGGAAUUUUUUCACUUGUGCUGACAGAAUUGCAUUCUAAAGUCACAAUUUUAUUCAAAUUUAUUGCGUGAAACUGACACUUGAAUGGACAUUCUUUUUGGAUAUUGAUGUCACCAUAUUAUAAAAUUAUUGUGUUAAGAUAACAGAAUCACUUUAGUAUUAAUAAUCUUUAGAAAUGUUUUAAGAUGCAAGAAACAAAAUUUUUUGGAUGCUUUCAAUAAAAAAAUGUCACC